CAGCCAGGCUCCCGCCCCGCCCGCCUCCCUCGGAAGACUUGGAGGCCAAGGCCGCGAGAGGCCCAGGCUCCUGUGGAUGGGGUGGGGCCCAGCCGAGCUGCCGGCCGCCUCGGAACCCGGGAGACGGCUUUGCGCUGCGCUGCGCGCCGCGUGCGCCCGGAGCGCAGUGUUCACGGCGAGGUCGCGGGGACCGGUUGGUUAUUGAUUUAACCACAGGCUUUGGGCGGUUGAGCUGGAAUCGGGGUCUCUGGCUCCGCCCCUCGGAGCGCCCCCCGCCGGAGUUACAAAACUGCCCCCUGGCCUGGUGAGUCUCAGGAACUGCCCUGCUCGCUGGGGAUCCCAGCCACCCGCGGCCCUGUGAUCUCCCUGGUAUCACCCUCUCCACCCCCUGGACUUGGACUUCAGAUCUGAUCCCAGACCUGCCUGCUGCCUCGGGAGGGUCUGCCUCCCCUCCCAGCCAGCAAGAUGCCAAUUCUCAAGCAGCUGGUAUCCAGCUCGGUGCAUUCCAAGCGCCGUUCCCGUGUGGACCUCACAACCGAGAUGAUCAGCGCUCCACUGGGUGACUUCCGCCAUACCAUGCAUGUGGGCCGGGCUGGGGACGCCUUUGGGGACACCUCCUUCCUCAACAGCAAGGCAGGCGAGCCUGAUGGCGAGUCCAUGGAUGAACAGGCCUCCUCCUCCUCUUCCAAACGCAGCCUUCUGUCCCGGAAGUUCCGAGGUAGCAAGCGGUCACAGUCGGUGACCCGGGGGGACCGGGAGCAGAGGGAUAUGCUGGGCUCCCUUCGGGACUCGGCACUCUUUGUCAAGAACGCCAUGUCCCUGCCGCAGCUCAACGAGAAAGAGGCUGCAGAGAAGAGCUCCAGCAAACUGCCCAAGAGCCUGUCUUCCAGCCCUGUGAAGAAGGUGGAGGCUGGGGAAGGCAGCAUGGAGGAGGCAGCUGCUGGGGAGCUGGGGCCCCGUCGGAAUGGGGCCACGGGCCUCCACUCCCCAGACCCCCUUCUCGACGAGCAGGCCUUUGGGGACCUGACAGAUCUGCCCAUUGUGCCCAAGGCCAGCUAUGGGCUGAAGCACGCAGAGUCCAUCAUGUCCUUCCACAUCGACCUGGGGCCCUCCAUGCUGGGUGACGUCCUCAGCAUCAUGGACAAGGACGAGUGGGACCCCGAGGAGGAUGGUGGCGGUUACCGCGUGGAUGAGGACCCCGACAGGGUCACCCAGGCUCCCCCUUCGGCAGAGGCAGCCCCUCCCCUGGCGAGGCCUUCCCACGCUCUGGAGGAUGAGGGGUGGGUGGCAGCGGCGGCAGCGGCGGCAGCCCCCAGCCCCAGCUCAGCCCGCAGUGUAGGCAGCCACACCACGAGGGACAGCAGUUCCCUUUCCAGCUGCACCUCAGGUGUCCUGGAGGAGCGCAGCCCAGCCUUCCGGGGCCCAGAGCGGGCCCAGGCCACUGUCCCAAGGCAGGCCGACAAGGAGUUCUCCUUCAUGGACGAGGAGGAAGAAGAUGAGAUCCGUGUGUGAGGUGGCCAGGAAGUAGCUGGAGCUCUGGGCUGCAUCUUCUCCCUGCUCCCAUCCCACUGUGACCUUUGACCUUCCCGUGUGAGAGGCAGCCUAGGACCUCAUGGAUGAGGGGCUCUGGCUGAGCCCAAGGCCCUCAGAGGACCUGAGGAGCCAGCCUGGGUGCAGACAGGUUGAUUGCCUUCCUCACACAUCUGUUCUCCACAGCAGCGGGGGACCGGGCUGUGUUCUCUAAGCAGGAAUCAGUUUUCCUCCUGGCUUCCUCUUUCUCUAGCCUGGCCCCAAAUGGAUGCCAGAUGUUGCCCCAAGUUCCUGCCUUGGGCACUACUGCAGGUCAGCCAGAGGCGGCUUACUCCAUGGCCAGGACAUUUGGUUCUCUACCCUCUUUCUUGCCUGGUGUCCCUGCUGUGACCAUGAGUGCCCCAAGCGGGUGUGUGCAGCAGGAUCAAUGGGGUGGUCUCCCCUCCCCUCCUCUCCCCUUUCCUCCUCUCCCCUUCCCUCCAGCUCCAUCUGUGGCUCCUGCUCCAGAAGCCUGAGCCUGGGAGAUAGACUGGAGCAGGGCACCAGCCAUGAACCAGACACUACACAGAGCCCCUUGCAGGGGUGAGGACAGCAUGGUGACAGAUGGAAGGAAAGCCCCGGGCUUCUUGGGUUUCCCAAGAAGGGCCCCUUCCCAGAUGACACUAGGAACAGGGCUGGGGCCCCCGCCCUAUGGGUGUGUUUGUUCUUUAUUAUUAUGUUUAAAUCCUUAUAGAGCAAUAUUUGGAACAGUGUUAAUAAAUAGAACGGAAUCCUUUUAGAAAACCUUUAUACCGAGUCUCCUCUUGGAAGUGACAGUGACUGCUAGCUUAUUCCAGUCUGGGAAGCUCCUGUGUCAAAAAACCAGCCCCACCUGAACUAUGGGGAAGCAUUCAAGAAUGCUAUUGACAGCUGCAGAAGGCCAGUGUAGAAUUCUGAAAAAUUAUUAUUAAAAAAUAAUAUAUCCUGGGUGGAGGCUGCGUUUCGACUCCCUCACCCUGCAUGGGACACACACUGCCCCUUCCUUCCUCCAGCCCUCCCCUACUGCGGAGGCCAGGGCCCCGAGGGCUGCCAGAUUUAGCAAAAAAGAGAAAACAAAAACCAGAAGGCUGAAUUAAAUUUGAAUUUCAGGUAAACAAAAGAUAAUUUUUUAAGUAUUCAUAGACCCUGUGCAAUAUUUGGAACAUGCUUAAUGCUAAAGAGUUGUUUUUUUGAAAUUCAGGUUUUGCUCCUCCUGUAACUCGACUCAGGGGAUUGAGUAGAAGCUGGGGUGUGAGCUCCAAGGGUGACGCUGAUUAUUCUUCUGUCCUGGGAAUGGGCUGACCAGCCUCUGCCUCUGCCUCUGCCUCUGCCUCUGCUUAGCCAGAGGGAAGAGGGGGAGAGAACUAACUACAGUACAAGGGGUCCCAGCCAUCAGGGGCUGCUGGGACCCUGACUCUGAGACACUAACCUGGCUCCUAACCCUGUACUCCUCUUUCCGGAAGCUUAGCUCCCACAGCGGCGGAAUCACAGGGCUAUGCUCCCCCAUCAGUGGCCCUCGGCACCCGCCUAGGUCAGUUCCAGACUUUAAACUGUGUAUUUUUUCAUGAUAUUGUUAAAGCAGCAAGGAAACAUUAAAAGGCCCUCUAGCACAUCU